AUGAUAGAGACGGAGACGGCUGGGACUUGUCCUCCUCCGAGCCAAACUCCUGUCAGGACCUGGAUCUCCUCCAGCACCAGAGGAGCAGCCAGUGACACGGCGUCCCGGUUCAACGGAGACGGGGUUCGCUACAAAGCCAAGCUGAUCGGCGUGGACCCGGUCCCCGACGCCCAGGGGGACAAGAUGUGCUGGGACUCUAUGAUGAAGCUCAAGGGCUUGGAGGCAGCAGCUAGGAAACAGGGGAAACACAAGCAGAGAGUCUGGUUGAAGGUUUGGUCCGGCGGCCUGAGAAUGUUGGACGAGCGGAGCGGGGCAGUUCUUCAUGACCAUGACAGGAGCCGGAUCAGCUCCUGGACCAGAGACCAGUCCGACCCCAGAGCUCUGGCCUACGUCUACCAGCUGCAGGACGCCUACUGCCUCUUCUACAUCAAGACGGCAAACCUGGCGGAUCCGGUCCUGGUCGACAUCAGGGACGUUUGCCAGAUUGUGGACCAGGAGACGCCACAAGAACCUGCAGAGGCUCCGGCACCAACCAGUUCCUUACUGCUGGUAAAUGACAGUCCGGCCGCUUCAGUUGAGGGAGCAGCUUUGGAGGAUUUAUUCAGUCCACGGCAGGACUCUUCAUCAGGACAAUCAAACCAGGCCUCUUCCACUAAUGAGUUGAUGGAAGUUUUCUCCGUCCAGAUGGAGGCGCCGCUGACGCCCAAUCACAUCCAGAGCUCCAGCACCAGUCAGCCAGAGUCUCCUCAGCAGACGCUCUCCACCUCUCAGAUCCUCUCCAUGUUCUCCUCUCAGCCAGGAGGAGGUUCUCCGUACGCCUCCCCCCCGUACUCCCCCACCACCCUGCCCUGGGGCCAGCAGGGGCUUCUGGGUAACCAGUGGGCGGGUCAGGCCACGGCGCCAUGGCCCACAAUGCCCGGCGGCAUGGCAGCAUGGCCGCCAGCAGCAGGCAUGGCAGCGCCCCCUGCUGGAGGCCAGAUCCAGGCUCCGGGAGUGAUGAUGGGAGGAAACAUGGCCGCUCCACCCGCUGCCGUCGGCGCCGCCGCCCCUUUAAACUCCUUCUCCGCCCCCGCUGGAGGAGCAGGACUCCUGCAGGAGGCGUCCAGCAGCUUGGACCAGAACCUCCUCCUGUGAUGAACUGGUCAGACUGGGAAGGUUGUUACCACAUUAAAAAUAUCGGUAACACUUUACA